UUUGCCUGGGUUUUAACUUUUUACGAAUCUCGCAGCUGUUCCUGAGGAUUUCGCGAACCAUAUUCCAAAAUUUGACGUAUUUUAUUAUUUUUUUAGUCUGAAUAAAUUUGGACUGCCUGUCUGUACGAUCCGUAUCCUACCAGCUGGUGCAAUGGGGACCAAGGAGCCUGCGCAGGGUGCUGAUGGCAGCCGAUCGUUCGCGGUUGGGGAUCUUAUCAUGUCUUGUGAUCCCUUUGUCUGGGUUCUGGAGAGCAGCGCUUAUAGGACGCGCUGUGCUAAUUGUCUGCAAGAAAGCCAGGAUCUACGGACCUGCUCGGGGUGCAGGCUGCACCGUUACUGUGACGUUGCCUGUCAGUCGGCUGAUUGGAAAGCAGAGCAUAAAGUGGAAUGCGCCCUGCUGAAGAAGAAGGGGACGGGCAGCGGCAUGGAGACGGCGCGUGGGCCGUCAAACUGUGGCACACGGUACACUAUGGACAUAUCCCCCGAUCUCAUUGCCAAGGUGGACAACAAGAUCAAGCUAAACGCGGUAGUCGAUGUGCCUGGAUUGGGUCCGAAAUCAGCCAAAGAACUGUGGAACACGCUCCCGUCUAACCCGAAAUCACCGCGCAUAAAUGUCACGUACCGCGGGAGAUCGGAGGAAGUGAUGCGGCAGUUGGGCAUUGACGUUCCCGAGAUGAUGAGUUACUCUGGGAAAAUCGCCUACAAUUCCAUGGCCAUCAUUGAUACGGUGAAGGAGACUGCCCCCAUUGGUCUGGCACUGUAUCCCCCGGUAUCGGAACAGCUCAUGACGCCGGUGUGCUGGGAUAUGAAUGUGGUGUUGAGCUUCCGCGGACGACGUUUGGUUAUCCAUGCUGUGGAGGAUAUUCCCAAUUAUGUCGGGUUCAAGGACUUACGGUACGCUGAUAUUCAGGAACCGUUUUUUCUGACACGAGCCGGACGUCGCCUGGAAUUCGAGAAGAUGUACGGACAUCCGUGCACUUGCCGGAAGUGCACCCCCGAAUAUGAGGCCGAUAUAAAUCCGUUGAAAUGCGUGACCAUUGGAUGCGCAAAUCGUAUUCCGAGCGACGACCGCGCUCUGCAACCCUGUGCCAGAUGCGGAGCGCUCAAUGGAGAACGGCUUUCGCAGUUCCGUCGUUUCAUGCAGCAGCACGAGACCAUUAAGACGGGCUAUUCGAAGGAGUUGCACGGGGCCAUGGUCAUCGAUCUCCUGCAAGAAAUGGACGCUGCCGACAUCCUGCAGCCGGAUGCGCAUAUCCGCUACGUGUGUGGCUGGGAAUGGCCGCGGAUGCUGUACAACGAGAACCGUUUUGAAGAAGGCUGGAAGCUGAUGAAGGAGCUGAUUGUCUGUGCACGGAACAUUUAUCCGAAAUACCAUGCGUUUCGCGCCAUGGUUCUGGCACUGGCUGGAGUAUCGUCCGCUUUGGCUCUAAUGAAUCGCGUAAUGGAAAAAAUCAAUCAGCUGACCGGCGCGGAGAAGCAACAACUGAAAACCUCGUCGGACACCGCGAGUCGGAUAUUGCUGGGUUAUUCCCGGGAAGCGCGGGACAUCUUUGUCCUGCUGUAUGGGGAGCCAUCCAAGGAGGCUACCGCCGGCAAGAAUUUCCUAGCACGCACCAGUAGUUAUGUGCGCCACACGCAGAAAAUGUGUCAGAAGCGAAAGUAGCCUAGACGGUCCGUCGUCUAUUUUGUCUCCAGUAGUUUUCUCGACGAAUAGGUUCUGUUUUUCUUUGUUGUUUCCUUCA